AUUGUGACAAAAAUAUAUGUACCCAGUGGCUUCAACUAAACUUCCAAAAAGUGAUGCUUUCGCGGAAAACACUUUCAUAUUUUGUGUACAAAAGUUAAUAACAAACAAGAUAACAAACGAUUUUUUCCAUAAGCGGUGAACAUUAUUGUAAAAAUUUCAAAUUGGCCAAAAAUUCAAAAAAGUAGAAAAAUUUAAAAUUUAAAUAAUUAAACAAACAAAAAAUUUUAUUUAUAAAUAUUUUUAAAUUAAUUAUCUGCUAUAAAUUACAAACAAGUUAACAUUUUAUGCUCGCACAAUUUUUUGCCGUGUUAAAGAACCCAUGCAAAGUUUGUUUGCGCUGAAAAUGGUUAAUUUUUUGUACAUAAAAAAAUUUUGUGAUAUUGUGAUUGCCAUUGAAUAGUUAAAUAUCUAAGAAAAUUAGCAGAAACAUACAUCGACAAUUUCAACAAAAAAAAACGGCCAUCCUACAACUUUUUGUACCUUAAAUCCGAAAAAAAUAUUCCUUCAGUAUCGCCAAAGCACCAAUUCAAAUAGUUUUUAAUCACAUCUAAACGCGCCAAACAUUGAAGCAUGACUACGCUUUGCCAUAGCCAUAAACGCACUUAAUCCUUACGCACACCCGCAGAAAAAGCAACAAAAAAAGUUCCACAAAAAUGUUGCAAGCCAUUGAAACAACGCCACAAAAAUACAACUCAAAUACGCUAGCCAACACGCCAUCCAGCGCCAACGCCAGCAAGGUGUACGCCACCCCCACCACAACCCCUACACAUACAGCAAGCAACCAAAGUCAAAGCGCCAGCGCUGAGGAGAAGCAGCAGCGCCGUCGUUCAACAUUCUACGUGCCGCUUGUAAUCGAAGACGACGAGGAUCACCGCGAACAGCCAAACGACUCUUCGUGUAGCAGCAGUCCCGCACAGGCAGGCGGCAGCGCGGAAACCAGCAGUCUCGGCGGACAGUCGAGCGCUUCGAAUACAAGCUCGAGUACAGCGCAGGAUCUAAAAAGCGCUUCCAGCAGCAGCAGCAGCAGCAACGCUAGCGGCGGCAAGAGUAAAGCCGAGAAGAAUAGCAAUAACAACAAUUUGAAGAAGUCGAUUUCGUUGAAGAACGCAAGCGCCACUUCGAAGGUGGCAGCUUUGCUCUUUGAACGCACCAAUAGUACCUUGGGCUUAGGUGGCGGCACCAGUAGCAGUAAUUCAACCAACCCAAACUCGACUGCUAGUGGCGUAGUGAAGCGUAGCAGUGCGAAGAAGAUGUCACCACCUUGCGGCUUCAGCUGGACAAUUAGCGGCAAUGCCGCUGACACAGAUGUGGAUGAUGAGAGUGAUGCGGCUGAGAUGGCUACUGCUACUACAGUGGCGUCCAAGAAGGCCGAGAAGGAGAAGACAAAGCUGAGCAGGCUAUCGCAGAAGCCUGAGAAGCGGCACAGCACGAGCAGCAAGAGUUCGGUGGCCAGCAGCAGCGCGACAACGGCGUCCAUGCAAGCAGUCAAGCAGUCGCCGCAAAAAGCAAAUACUAAUGCCAAGACAAAGCGCUAUGGCAUUGUGCUGAACGGCAUUAGCUUGGAUGAGGAAAAUUUGCAUAUCGCACCAGCCACGCCAAUAACCAAGUCUACGCCGUUGAAAACGCGCAGCAAUUUGGUAGAGUUCAAUGAAGAUGACAUCGUGCUGGCGACCCCUACCAAACAGGCGCGCAACUCUAGAACGGCAACGAGUACAAGUAAACAAACAGCGAACCAACCAAAACAUGGAAAACGUGUCGGUGCUUGGGGUCGCAACGAUAUGCACGAUUGCACAGAUAUUGAUGUUGGUGUCGACGAAUCGUCGCCACAUUCAGAUAUAGACUCCGAUGUUAACCUCAACGGCGGCGGCGGCGGCGACGACGACGAGGACGAUGACUCAGAGAUUAGUCGCAUACAAACAAAUACUUCGACACCUAUUAAAAUGAUGAAAUCACGUUCGCGCACGAAUAUCUUAUCGGUACCUAGUGUGGAACAACACAAUCUAUUGAGCGUAGCAGCUGCCGCUGCCAAACCUAAUGCGAGCGCGACGCCGCUGCUAUUGCGCGCCAAGUCCAAAACGCUCCCACAAAAUUUAUCACCUUCAGUUGUGCUACAACAGCCGGAGGCAUUGUAUGCUGAUUGCGAAACAGCACAGACGAAAACGAAAGCGUCGGCGGGUGGUACAGAAAACACACAUACGUCGCGCACCUCGCGUCUAAUUGGGCCACUGAGUAAAGUUCAUCAUAAUCUAUUUGGUGGUAGUGUCGCUAGUCAUAUUGGCGCUACCGGUACAACUACCACCACCAACACUGGUUCUGCAAACAAAAACCUCUCCGCCGCGCAACAUAACAAACUCGCGCACAGCUCGUCUACUUCGCUGAUUACGCAUACAUUUCCACCUAAACACCUUUUCCUCUUGAAAUCCACCUCAAAGCUGCCCAUCAGCAAUUCCUCAAGCCUGGAGCACAGCAAGUCCAAGGCUACAAAGAGUUUCAGUUCGGAUUCGUCUAUUACCUCACCGCCUACAACGUUGGCUAACGCGAGCUCCGCGCAACCGCCGCAAACGGUGACGUCACCACCAAAGAAAUCGUUAAGCUUCAUACGUCGCGCACACUCAACGAAAUUGUCGCGUAAUAAUUCGCUACUCAAGUCGAUAGCCAGCCAACAUCAGCAAAAUAUACAGCAGUCAGCUGGAAAUAUGGCCGCCGGUAAUGGGAUAGUCGACUGCUCGGGCAGUUGGGGUAAGGAUUUCUAUUUAAAUUACGAUGUCUGCCCGCUGGCGUUGGAUGAGCUGGAGUCGUAUUUUCGUUCGGAACGUUGUACCACUUUGAUACGCGAGCGCUUCAAGAUACUGGAUAUACCAUUGAAUUGCUCGGCGGCCGAUGAGUUGCAUAAUCAGCAGGAUAGCUCGUUGCGUGAGCUCGACACGAGUUGUAGCAGCCAACAGCAUUUAAGGAUGCCCGGCACGUCGGAGGCGAGUGGAGGGACAGCAGAGGAAGACGAUGCAGGACAUCAUUCAGGUAAGCUUACCAACACUACUCAUAGAAGCUUUAAAAACAUUCGUAAGUACUUACAUAUAUUCGUAACAUAUUUUUGUACCUGGGGGCGAUUCUUACUACACAAUUAUAUUCCCUAAAAAAAUAAUCGGGUC